CCUACUUCCAUGUCCUCCCCUGCGACUGCCCCGGCGCCGUUCUCCUCGCUGGACGCCCAGCCAGAUGUGGGCCCCGCGGACUUUGUGCUGCGCUCCUCGGACCCAGUCGACUUCUUCGUGCACAAACAGACGCUCGCUGCCGCGUCCGACUUUUUCAGCGACCUCCUCACCUCGCCACACACGUCUGCCGCCGCCGACUCCCCAACACGUGACGGGCUGCCCGUGCUCCAGCUGACGGAGCCCAAGGGGGUGCUCCUGCGCGUGCUCAAGCUUGCCUACCGUCCCACGCUGCCGAAACCCACGAUCACCCUCAAGAACAUCGACACGCUCAUCCCCGUGCAGCAGGCCCUCGACAAAUACCAGUUCACGGCCCUCGACAGCCACUUCUCGUCUUCCGCCCCACGUGACAUGCUCGAACUCAUGCGCGUCGGGGCCGCGAAUCCGCUGCCGCCACUGCGGAUGUUCGUCGUCGCGCUGCUCUGCGGGUAUGUCUCUGCCGCCCAGACCGCGCUGCGGGUUGUGGCGCGGUCAGGUGAUGUGGGGAACACGGAAGAGUUUCCGGAGAUGGGCAUGCUGACGUGGCCGCAGGGCCGCGAGAUCGAGCGCUUGGUGCGCGGGUUUGGGCUGGCGCUGAAGGAGGUGGUGAAGGUCCAGACGGGGUAUCGGCCGAAGGAGGUGGACCCGAUAGGGCUUAUACCGGGGCAUUUUCGGUGGGUUCCAACCAGCGCUGCCCCGAAUCCCGCUCCCGCUCAAAAUCUCAACCCGAAUCCUGGGAUGAUACAACCGUUUAUGCCCCAGGCCCCCAACCAGCCAGUCGUCUUCGUCUGGUGGCAGCCCGAGGGCCACGCCGCGACGUGUCUCUCCUCGCACACCUCCUUCCAAAAGCGGAACCUCGUCACGAUCGGGGCGGACACGCCGCUCGCGUGCAGCAUCUUCCCGCGGCCGGCCACGUGGUUCGAGGAGCACGUGAAGGCGCUCGCCGCGAAGGGCGCGCUGCUCGGUUGGAUGGGACGACACGCGGUGGACGAGCGGCCGACGGCGCCGCUGGCAGCGCUGGGGGACGAUGUCGAGAAGGUCGUGCGGCGGUGCAGGCUGUGUGCGCAGUGGGCACCGAGCCAUUUGGGAAUGUGGGCCGAGGCGGUCGCGGGCGAGGUGGAUAAGGUGGAUGCGUGGUUGGAUUCGAAUGUGGCUAGGAUGGUGUUGUUCUAUCAUGUGUUCAACUCUACAAAUCAUGAUGAAAUACUGAAAGACCAAUAG